AUGGACCCUUUGCGUCGCACCUCCUUCGGGUCUGAGCGGCAAAGUCUGAUGCGUGAGCCCUCUGCUGAAGACCUUGAUGCGGCUCAUCAGCUUGUGUCGUCGGCACUUGGUGAACGCCACGGCUCCCUCCCGACCCAUGAAAAUAAUGCGGGGGAUGUCGCCUACGGCCACCAUUCCCUCGGUCAAGCCAGUCGCGGACCAGAAGCCUCUGAACCACCGCUAUCGAUGUCGACGGAACCUGCUGAGCAGCGAGGAGAUGCUCCGGCUCUGGGCCAAAUCUGCAGCAAUUGCGGGACGACCAAGACCCCGUUAUGGCGACGGUCUCCCACCGGACAUACCAUAUGUAAUGCCUGUGGGCUUUACCUCAAAACGCGAAACGCUCCGCGGCCGACCAACUUGAAGCGUCCCAACUCAGCCGCCCCUCCCGAAAGUCCACGCCAGAGAACCACGGCAUCUCCGACAGCAUCGGUGGCGUCAGCAUCGGCGCAAACCCUGCCGUCGAGUAUCCCGUACCGAGUCCCAGAGCACACCACCGGUUCGUGUCCAGGUGGAGGAGAGUGCAACGGAGCAGGCGGGGCCGAAGGUUGUGGGGGCUGCCCUGCGUACAACAACAGAGUCGCUCGAACCGCCAGCACUUCGGCCAUGGCCAACUUACCGGUCGAAGACGGGAACGACUCGCAGAGUGAGGCUGGUUUGAGAACGAGCCCAGGCGCACCAAGUCCUACCGCUCAGCAACAAGCCUCUCCCGGAGAUGCGUCCUUGCUCGUUGCGUGCAAGAACUGUGGAACAACAGUAACUCCACUGUGGCGUCGUGAUGAGCAAGGCCGUCCCAUCUGCAAUGCGUGCGGUCUGUAUCACAAACUUCAUGGGUCGCAUCGGCCAGUACAAAUGAAGAAGUCCACGAUCAAGAGACGGAAAAGGGUUGUUCCAGCAUACUCGGACGGUGUUAGACCAGCGACCAGUUCGUCUCAACAACAACCACAACAACAACAGUCGGCUUCGCCUGAGCCUGUUGUGCCUGCGAGUGCCAGAGAGCCGAUGCUUGUCGACAACCCACCGUGGCCCAAGAGGAAACGACCCCCUCCAACCGUGGACUACACGGGAUACGAGCCACAAUCACCCGUGGAUGAAGCCCGGCGUACCGCGCAGGACAGCAACGAAGACUAUGCCACUCGACUUCAACGUGCGGCGGCAGCGGCAGGAGAUAUGCAACUUGACCCCGCAUUAGUGGAGGCUGGUCGUCGUCGUCAGGAACAGGAUGCUACAGCGGUGCAGCAACCUGAAGAGAAUUCCAACGGUGCGAACGAGCAGCAAGGUGGCGCCGCUUGGAGGGCGGAAAGAAGAGCGCAGCUGAUGCGUGAGGCAGAAGUCAUGCGGGCGGCGCUGCGUGCCAAAGAACGUGAGAUUGAUGAUCUCACUUGA